GCAAGGUCUUCCUUUUCUUUUUCUUUUUCUUUUUUUGCGUAGAGAAUGGUUUACAGAACAUACAACUUGAAAAGGCAGCAAAAGCCAAUAAAGGAAAGUAACAUCGCGACUUCACUCAACGAACACGAGAUAGAAUCAGAACCUAGAAAAUGAAGUCCAAAAGCAGAGUGGCGUGGUGGAUAGGCAACAAAUUGAAUCACAUCGACACGGAGGACGAGGACGACGACAAGCAUUUAGUUACUUUGACUAAUCGGUGAAUUUAUUUUAAGCUACCCCUUUUAUACCAUCACCGACAACUUUGUCACCCCUGGUCAUGCGAGCAAGCGUGGUGGUGCCUGUUGUAUGUAAUAAAUCCGUAAAGAAGUACCAUUGGCCAUCUCAAAAACCUGAUACCUGGGCUGACAAGUAAACGCCCUAGGGCAGAUUGCGGAAGAGCUUAAACCUAAAAGCAAUAUCUGCAAAGAAAGCACAAACCCAUCUCCACCGAUGGCUUCCUCCAACUCCAACUCAUCAAAAUGGGAUUAUGAUGUGUUCUUGAGUUUUAAGGGUGCAGACACAGGGAAAGGUUUCACAGACCAUUUAUAUUCUGCUUUGGUUCGAGAUGGAAUCCACACAUUUAGAGAUGUUAAUGAGAUCGAUAGUGGUGAAGAAAUUGGACCCGAGUAUCUUCAAGCAAUUGAGAAGUCAAGGUUUUCUAUUGUCAUUCUCUCAAAAGGCUAUGCAUCCUCCACUUGGUGCCUUGAUGAGCUUGUGCACAUCCUCGAAUGUAGAAAAGAAGGAGGUCAUGCUGUUUGGCCUGUCUUUUAUGACAUAGAUCCAUCUGACGUUGAAGAGCUGAAAGGGAGCUUUGAAGAAGCUUUUGCUGAACAUGAAAAGAGUUUCAAGGAUGACAUGGAUAAAGUGCAGGGAUGGAAGGAUGCUCUCAGAGAAGUUGCUUACCUCAAGGGUCUGGAUCUACAAAAACAUUGGGAUGGGCAUGAAGCAAAAAAUAUUGACUAUAUUGUUAAGGAGAUUUCAGACAGACUUGACCGAACAAUCUUGAGUGUCACUACACACCCAGUUGGUUUGCUUUCUCGUGCAAAAGAGGUGAUUUCAUUGCUAGGUGAAAAGCUAGUAGAUGUCCGUAUAGUUGGGAUAUAUGGGAUGGGGGGGAUAGGCAAAACGACUGUUGCCAAGAAUGUUUACAAUUUAGUCUUCCAUGAAUUUGAAGGUAGCUGCUUCCUUGAAAAUGUUAGAAAAGAAUCAAUUUCCAAGGGCAUAGCCUACUUACAGAGGCAACUUCUCUCGGAGACCUUGAAAAAAAAACAUGAAAAGAUAGACAACAUUAGUAGAGGAUUGAACGUGAUAAGAGACCGGCUGCAUCGGAAGCGCAUUUUCAUUGUUCUGGAUGACAUUGAUGAACUGGAACAGCUGAAUAAGAUUCUUGGAAAUUUCGACUGGCUUUUUCCAGGAAGCAGGGUGAUAAUAACAACUAGAAUCAAGGAUCUGCUACAGCCAUCAGAGUGGUAUCUACAAUACGAGGUUAAGGAAUUGAAUAACGAUGACUCUCUUCAGCUCCUACGUUUACAUGCCUUUAAUGAACACCAUCCCGUUGAUAAUUACAUGGAUUGCAUGAGAAGAAUUGUAUCUUAUGUUAGAGGAAUUCCUCUAGCUCUUGAGGUCUUGGGCUCUUCUUUGUGCGGCCAAACCAUCAAUGUAUGGAAUAGCAAGUUGGAAAAGCUGAAAGUGAUUGGCAACGGAGACAUUCACAACAAACUUAAAAUAAGUUAUGAUUCUCUUGAUGAUACUGAGAAAUUUAUAUUUCUAGAUAUUGCAUGUUUCUUCAUUGGAUAUAACAAGGAUUACAUCAUGAGCAUACUUGAAGAUUGUGGUUUCUUUCCUGCUGAUGGAAUUAAUACUCUCAUGAGGAGGUGCCUUGUAAAAGUUGGACCUGAUAAUAAGUUAACGAUGCAUGAUUUGCUUAGGGACAUGGGAAGAGAGAUCGUUCGCCAAGAGUCUUCUACAGAUCCCGGGAAACGUAGCAGACUGUGGCUCCAAGAAGAUGUCAUCGAUGUAAUAACCGACCGAAUGGGUACAAAAGCAGUUGAAGGCCUCAUUCUAAACCUGCCAGGAUUAAAACAGUCGUUUAGUACCAAGGCAUUCAAAAAGAUGAAAAAGCUACGACUGCUGCAACUCAAUUGCAUAUGCCUUGAAGGAAGCUAUGAAUAUAUUUCCACUAAAUUAAGGUGGCUGUGCUGGCUUGAAUUCCCUUUGAAAUCAAUACCACCUGAUCUUUAUUUGGAAACUUUGAUUGCUCUAGAUAUGCGCUAUAGCAGUCUACACCAGUUUUCGGAGGAAAUAAAGUCUCUUAAAAAGCUGAAAUUCCUCAACCUUAGCCACUCCCAUGAGCUCACCAAGACUCCUAACUUAGAAGGCUUACCUUGUCUUGAAAAAUUGAUACUUAAAGAUUGCGUUAGUUUGGUAGAGGUUCAUGACUCCAUUGGAAUUCUUGGUCGUCUUCUUCUUCUGAAUUUCAAAAAUUGCAAGAGCCUUAAAACUCUUCCAGGGAGCAUCUGUGCUCUAAGCUCACUUAAGAAGCUAAAUGUGUCAGGUUGCUUGAAACUUGAGGGAUUGCCUGAAGAUUUGGGGAGUUUGAAAUCCUUGGUUGUUCUUCUUGCUGAUGGAACUGCAAUAAGUACUAUUCCAGAAACCAUUGGAAAUCUAGAAAAACUUAAAAUAUUGUCUUUUCAUGAUUGUCAUCUUAUCUUUUCCCCAAGAAAAUUUCCACAAACAAUGAACAUCUUCCCAGCUUCUUUACAAGAACUAGAUCUCAGACGCUGCAACUUAUCUGAUUCCAUGAUUCCGCAUGAUUUUCGAGGCUUAUUCCUUCUGCAAACUUUGAAAUUAUGCGGGAACAACUUUACAAGCUUACCAGCUAGCAUUGGAAACCUUCCUAAGCUUACAAAACUUUUGCUAAACAACUGCAAAAGACUGGAGUACAUCCCAGAGCUUCAGUCAAGCUUGGAAACAUUCCAUGCAAAUGAUUGCCCUAGGCUGCAAUUUAUUAACAUGAAAUUCUGGCGAGGAGGAGAGCUGAAAUUGAAUGGUUGCCGAAACUUAAAAUGCUUGCAGGGAUUUUUCAACUUGGAACCCUUAGGAGUGGACGUUGUGGAAAAAAUUCUUGGAACUUGUGGCUUGGUCACGGAAAAACCUUUCCCAGCUGUUGAAGUGCAUAUAAUUAAUAAUCUGACAAGAACUGCUAUAAUUAGCCCUCUACAGGCUCUUUGUGAAAAAUCUAUUUACAGCAUCUUUUUACCAGUGAAGGAUAUUCCAACAUGGUUCAGCCAUCAGAAUGAAGGAGACACAAUAUCCUUGCAAGUGCCCGCACUUGAUCCUGGUUGUAAAGUAACAGGAUUUCUUAUAUCGGUAGUUUAUGCAUGGGAAGAUUCCCUUGAAUCCUGCUAUUUAUCCCCUAACAUUACAGUUAUUAACAGAACAAGAAAUUUUGACUGGAUGUAUGACCCACGAGUCACCUUCUUUCCAUGUGAAGUCGAACAGGAUAUGAUGUGGCUGAGCUGUUGGUUGUUUGAGAAUGAAAUAAACGAGAAAGGCAUAGUAGAUAUGAGCUGGAGAUUUCAGGAUGAGGUGGAAGAAGGGGAUCAACUGGAUGUCUUGAUUGACAUGGGUUUUGGAAUUGUCGUGAAAAGGUGUGGCAUCCACUUGCUUUACCAUCACAACGAUUUACAGGGUUCCCAGUCAAAUGAUAUACUAGCUGCUAUUCCACAUGCUUGCUUUUCAAGACACCAUGGGAGGUUUAUGAUGUCAAGUCGUCUGUUUUUGACAUUCGAUCGCAACUGCCAUGAAGUAACAUGCCAUGAAGUAACACUUGCUCGAAGGUGGCAUGAUGUACAAAGUUUCAAGAGAUGGUCAAAUAAAAGGGAGCAAAGGGUGAACGAGCUACCUGAUUUUUAUCGAUGAAAGAAUUUAAACAACUAAGCUUUACAGAAGUUCCAAAGAUCACGAAAUCUUGUUAUCUUUGGAUUAUUAAUUGCUUCCUAGAAAUUUAGUAUCCUGUAGCCUUAAUUGGACAGCUUGAACCAUAUUCUUAACAGUACUGAUUUCAUUUGAUGAGCCAGAAUGAUGAGCCCUCUGAAUUGCCCUACAA